AAGACGGAGGUGUACGACUGCAGCGAAUGGAUGGAGAAUAUCAAGUAGCUCAGUGAGUCUUUUCCAGCGCAGGUACGAAGUAAAGUGAGUCCAUUGAUCGACAAUACCACCGGCUCUCUGUCUCUCUGUCAAGAUUAGCCUACCUGUAGGUACGAAUACCCGGACGAGCGAGCGAUCCCCACGGGGACUUGUCCUGAGCUCGGGGGUCUGAAGGGGCUGGGUACACAAACCUGCAGAAAUGAUGUGGCCCGGGGAAACAAACCGCUGCUCUUCCGCCUGUGAGACAUAGAGUUCAAUACCAAGAUGAUGGAGCUUGAUAACAGGGAUGCUCCUGCGGGGUAAGGUCCUUUACCAUGGAGGCUGCAGCGAAGUACGACUUUAAAGCUACAGCUGAUGAUGAACUCAACUUCAGAAAGGGAGAGCAAUUGAAGAUUCUGCAGACCACUGGGAACUGGUACGAAGCAGAAGUCGAUGGAGUUGAGGGGUUUGUUCCGAAAAACGUCAUCAACAUUCACCUACCCGGCUGGUACCAGCAAGGUGCCAGUCGCCGUGAUGCCCAGGCGAGGCUGAUGUCACAGCCUUUUGGGGGCCUUUCUCAUACGAAGGAGCCAAAAAGGAGCCCGGAUGACUUCUCCGUCUCUGUCGGAUAUGCGGCAGAUGUGCAGCACUUCAAGGUGCUACGGGACAGGAGAGGGCGGUAUUUCCUGUAGUCAGAAAAGUUCCCUUCUCUCAACCAGCUGGUGGAGUAUUACAAAUACAACUCUGUCUCCAAACAAACUCAAAUAUUUCUGCAGGAGACACGACAGGAGGUAGGAAGUACGAACGUAAACCCGAAGGAAGCGCGCAAAGCUCCCUCCAAUCCGCGGGUCGCGGCUCUGUACAGUUUCCGCGCCGAGGAGCCGGACGAGCUGGGGUUCAGCGCCGGCGACAUCAUUGGGGUCCUGGGGUGCCCCGACCAGGCCUGGCGGAGGGGCCUGCUGAGGGGCAAGACGGGCCUGUUCCCCGCCAACUACACCAAACCCAUCUGACGGGGACACACAAAUAAAUACGUGCGAUAUUACAGUAACUCUCUUCUCCAAAGAAUUUCUGUGCGGAAACUUGCGGCUUAACCCGAAACCUGCAUUAAACCACAAUCCUGGCAGCGAAAGGCUCAGUGUCUUGUGACUGAUAGUGUUAGUGUUGGACGUGUUGAAUAAAAAUGAAGGCUAACUUGUCGGCUUAGGCAACAGAGUGUACGUGGGAUGUCCGUUUCCCAUCAUGGCAGACGUACCUUUGGUGUCCUUCUAAGAAACAUACAACCGGUUGUCUGUAAAACGGAUUUCGGGACUUUGCGACGAUUUGACACAAAGUUUACGUAUUUAGACCAGUAACUUUAUAAGACAUUAAUCCUAAACGCGGUGCAUUUGAGGCCAAUACGCAGCAUCUGAAAAAGGGACACCUGCCUUUGCAAAGUGACUGAAAA